AUGGCCGUGACUCAUGUGUGCGACUACUUUGUAGAUGACUUCGAGGUUUCCAUAUUCCUCACAGAGACCAGUACUCGACAUUCAUUACUGUACAAGAACAAGCAUUUCAGAGACACGACACAGACGAAGCUCACAUCGAAUUCCAGCCGGCUCACGGGCGCUACGCGAGAGGUUCCCAUAGACAUCGAUGGGCAGGAACAGGAGGACGCGGAUAUACCGGUGCAAAUCAGACAGGAGGACAGUGACGAUGACGCCCCGAUUGUGCUCGAUGAUAUUCCCACCGUUGGUCGUGUAGAACCAACUGGGCGACCCAAGCGACGACGACGCGAGACGGCUUCCGCGAAUCAGGAUGGUAGUGAGCAUGAGAGUGGAGACAUUUCUGACGAUGGUGACGGUCUUUUUGUGACAGAUGACGAACACUCUUCAGACGAUGGCAGACAACCCCCAUCCAAGCGGCUAAGAGAGGGGGCCGCGGAUGAUGAGGAGCAGCAGGAUGACAAGAAGAAGAUGGCCAUGGACAUAUCGUAUGAGGGUUUCUCCAUAUAUGGUCGGGUGCUUUGUCUUGUGGUGAAGAAGCGCGAGACUACCAGCAGCAAGAGCUCUUCGGCGGCAACCUCAAGCAAGACAACGCAAAGAGGCGUGCCUGGGGGACAGGCCAUGAUGGAGAACUGGAUAACAUCUACGCAAUUGCCAGAAGCCGCAAUACCGGAUGAACUAGAGGCACCAUAA